CUGAUGGCUUUUGUAUUUCCUUAGGUUUACAGAAGUCCUCUCAAAAAUGUCCUGCCAGCAAAACCAGCAGCAGUGCCAGCCCCCUCCCAAGUGUGCUCCCAAGUGCCCUCCCAAGUGCCAGGCCCCAAAGUGUCCCCCUAAGUGCCCCCCUAAGUGUCCCCCUGUGUCUUCCUGCUGUAGCCUGGGGUCUGGUGGCUGUGGCUCCAGCUCUGGUGGCUGCUGUGGCUCCAGCUCUGGAGGCUGCUGCAGCUCUGGGGGUGGUGGCUGCUGCCUGAGCCACCACAGACCCCGCAGAUCUCUUCGUCGUCAUCGUCACAGCUCUGGAUGCUGUAGCAGUGGUGGCAGCAGUGGCUGCUGUGGCAGCAGCGGGGGCAGCAGUGGCUGCUGUGGCAGCAGUGGUGGCAGCAGUGGCUGCUGUGGUGGCAGCAGUGGUGGCAGCAGCUGUGGCGGUAGCCAACAAUCUGGAGGCUGCUGCUGACCUGGGUCAUGAAGACGUCAGACUAGCAGUAAAGGAGGAAGCCAUGUUCAGAUGACCU